UUCAAACCUUUUAAAAGUUUAUUUAGGCUAGGUUCAUUUAUUCAGUUAGUUUUGCAUUGCUGUUUUGAUCACUGGCUGGAACCAUAAUAUGAAUAACAAUUUUUUUCUAUUGGUCUGGAUAUGUAUUUCUUCAUGCAAUGCAUCAUAUGACCAAGAAAAACUUCAGUCGAGUUGCAUGAACUUGGUAAAUUCUUAAUAAGUGCUCGUAACCACAUGUGGGGCAAUAAAUUUCACAGUAUUGAUAAUCUAUGUAUUCUGAAGGAGCUCUGAAAGCAUCGGGUAUCUUUUGGUCAAGAAAAAGCCGAAAUCAAGCAGAAUUAAUCAUGUUUAAUCAAGGUUAGAGUUAACUUUGAAGGACUGCUUGUAGCUCUUUUAAAUUCAGGAGUGAGUUUUUUCAAGGUGGUAUUUGGGAUGAUAACACUCAAUUCAGGCUCAUCGAGCUCAUAUGAGAACUAUGCGAAGUAGACAUAGUAGUAGUUAUAUCAGGUUUGAGGUUGUUAUGAAUUAUUUUUUUUAUGAUAGGAGCUACUAUUUUUUUUGUUCCAAAUAUCUGAAUUGAAUCUCUUCCCUAGAAGCACAUUGUAGUGUCACGUCUUUUUGCUGAAACGUUAUAUCAGAUGCUUCAUUAAAUGAAUGCAUAUAACAGUUUGCAGUAUCCUUUUUCUUGUGUAAUUUCCUGUCAUUAUGUGCAUAUCACUAGGCCUCGGACACACCGGUGCACCCAUAUGAUAAUGACACACACACACACACACACACACACACGCAUGUUCAUUUUUAUAUUUCCUUCAGUUUUUCUCAACUGCUAAAACUAUAACCAGGCUUUUGAACUAAACUUUCAAAAGCAUAACACAUUUUUUCACACAAAUCCCUACAUUUCUCACAACUUAUGCCACGUGUUCAUUUAAAAAGCACUAGCUUUCAGUAUGGUUCACUCAAGUCUGCAUAGUUUGAGAUCAGUUAGCGCACAGUUAAGUAGAAACACUAGGAGUCCACGCACCAAUCCGAACCUUCGAUGGAUAAAGGGCCAAAGUCAUCUUACAGUGGUUCUAAGUGGCUUGUGGUUCUCAGAUCAGAAAUGAAAUUCUCAAAAGUACUUAUUCGACUUUCACAUCAUCACUUGUGCACGUAAUAAAAAAAGUUUCUCAUUCUUUUAAACAAGUUGUGAUGGCAUUGUACAUUCAUGCAACGGGUUAUGAACGUUUUCUACAUUGCUCAAAAUGUAUUAUAUAGUUCUCUGAUCUAUAGUCUUGCCCCUCAAAUAAAAAUAAAGCCUGAAUUUGUAGCUAUGUGUAUUAAUUUCUUACUAUGUUUUUAUGGAUAGUCAAGAAUGAAAAUAGUAAGUACACAGGAUGAGCUUAUUUGCAUAAACGUACAAAGAACUAAGCGGUUUCAUUUUAAUUUUUUUCAAGCCAUAGGACUAGUUAAACUUAGGGUCACGCUGAAGGAGCACUCAACGAGAAUAUAACAUAAAAGUUUUGAAAUCUUCUACACACGAAGCAACUAAAUACGGCAGGCAACAAAUAAACAACGGCGAUCGGACAAACUGGACUUAAAUACACAAAGCAAAUGACUAAAUUAACGAGACGCAGCUGAACACAAUAAGACAAUUAACUGAAAUCAGGGACAUGGGACGAGAAAACACAAAACAACUGUGACACUUAGUUUUGUAAUAUACUUAUACAUAUAUUUGCACUUGCACAUAUAUUUAUACUGCACAUAAUUGCAUGAAUAGUGUAUUAAAUAUAUAGACUGUAAUAUUACUUAAAUAUGAAACGAAAAUUACUGGUGUUACAACAUAAGAUGCUAAAAGGGCUCCAAAACAGUUUCUUUAUAGCACAGAAAAUGAUAAAAUACCUUAUUUCUGUUUUACAGUAUCUAUUUUUCUUUGAAACCCAGCAUAUGAUCUGAUCAGUGAGUGUUUGUCUAAAGGGUGUUUACAUGCAGCUCAUUGAUUUUAAUAUUUAAGUUCGUUUAGUUUUGUAGGCGUUCAUAACUGACUGGAACAGUAAUGAACUAAUAAUGUAAUUUCUCUAGAAAGGAACAGAUAAAGAGAAAAAAUACAUACAUGUUCCUUCAUGAUAUUAAUUAAAACAUGAUGUAACUAUAGUAGAGUAGGAAAAUUUUUUUUUAAAUGAGAUGCUUUUGGUCUAAUCGGAUUCAACGAUCUAUGCUAAGCUAUGCUAAAAGUGCCUUCACCAGACCAGGAGAUCAGAGAAUGGUAAAACUCAACAUAUGAACUCUAGGGAGUUGGAGAACGAGCCUAUUUACAAAAUGAGUCGAGUGUUCCUUUAAGUAUUAAAAUGCUCUUUACUUUGUUUUCUGUUUUGCAUCAUCUGUUUUAUUUGAAACAUCACGAAAGACAAAAAAACCUGCCGUUUAAGCAGCAUUUGAUGUGAUCCGAUCCGUCAGCAUUAGUCUGAAGUGUGUUUACAGGCAGUUUCGUAAUUUAAUUAAAUAUUAAUCAUUACACAUGCAUAUUUCAUAUAGUUUUUCUUAUUUCUUAAGCUUCACUUUCGACUGCCCUUGUGUAACUUCCUUUCGUUAUUUGCACAUCUUUAUCACAAACAAGAGCGAUAUCUCGGACAUAAUACAUUUGUUGGAUAAUGCCAACAACACACACACACACAUGCUUGCACACACAUCUUAAAUGUUAUGUUUCUUAAUAUCCAUAUAGGGUAACUUCUGACCUCUGACUACUUUGAUUGGAUGCUUUGUAAGUUGUUGUAUGAACCCGUGUUGUAUAAAUAUGACCCGUCCUCUUUAGUAAAGUUUUAAUGAAGAAUUUUACUGUAGCUCUCUGCUUGAUCCAUUAAUUCAUUUGAAUCAGUUAUUAAUUAAUCAGUCCAGCGCUGCAGUAAUGCAUCAGUUCAUUUCCGUGACGUUUUCACUGCUAGUCAUUACCGGGCUGCGGGUGAGCGUUCAGGCCGGAGAAACACGUCCUGAGCGGAGCAUCAGCAGACAUUACAUAUCAGAGCUGACUGUGACGAACGGAGGGAGAUGGGGGUCGUGGGGUCACAAGGAAAUGUGUCCGACUGGAACGUACGCCGCAGGCUUCAGUCUAAAGGUGGACAGUGCUCCCUAUGCUCAAACGAAUGACAUUACUGCACUCAACGGGAUUCGCCUUCACUGCAUUGAUAACUACAGGAGAUCACUGAACCAGUAUCACGAAUACUCCACGGUUCGGUCAGAAGUGGGCAGCUGGGGUCGGUGGACAGAUAUCAAAUGGUGUCCUUCUGGAUUCUUGAGAGGUUUUGCCCUGCUAGUCGAAAAACCUCAAAACACUGGUGACAACAAGGCAGCAAACAACAUCGCGUUCGUGUGCAGUGGAGGGGCUGUCCUAAUAGGCAGCGGCACAAACUGGGGCGAAUAUGGUGCCUGGAGUAAAACGUGUGAAGGGAAAGGGAUUUGUGGUAUUAAGACACGGAUAGAAGAGCCGCAGGGAUCUGGAGACGACACCGCUCUCAAUGACGUGACCAUGUUCUGCUGCAGUUAAGGUGUUGGAGGACGACAGCAAGAACAGCAAGAAGAUCAGCAUGCUGUUUUGAGCUCACGUUAACCAAAUAAAAGCUUGAACAAAAUAAAGCCCCAUGUGAUCAAGACCUCAACACAGAGCAGACUCUACAUCAUCUCACUUA